UACGAGUGAAGAAUACAUAAUUUUUGUAGAACUGAUUAGUUAAUGAUUAUUUAGUACAUAAAAAUUGAAAGAGAAACGAAGCGUUUAUAUUGCUAUAAUUCUGUGAGCGAAGAUUUAUACAUAAGUGCACAUAUUUUCAUCUGUGUUUCUAUGGGUUUGAAAUGACAUCUGUUUGUUAUGAUAUAAAAACUUUGAAAAUAUAUUUUAAUAAAUUGAUCUAAAAAUAUAUUGGGUUAAAAUGGAAGGUGGAGAUUGGAAGAAUAAUAUAAUAAGUCAAUUGCAGUCUCGUAAUAAGCGAGAAACAAUAGCCUUCCAAGAUAUUAUAACUUUUCAAAGUCGACUCUUUGAUAAUGUUAGCACAUUAAAAAAUGAAAACUUGCAGCUCACUUUAUUAAAUGAAAGAAUAAGAUAUUCUAACACAGAAAGUGUAUUAUCUAGUGGAGGCGGAGUGACCAAUGAAAGGAUACAAGCUUUAGAGCAAAAGAUUCUUUCCCAGCAAGAGGAACUCACCUCUAUGCACAGGCGGCGAGGAGAAAGUGCGCAGCAAAUCAUUAACCUAAAUGCACGAGCGCAUGAUCUAGAAAAGAAUUUGCAAGCUAAAGAUAUAAUAAUUUCAGAAAACACUGCAUUAAUAGCAUCACUUAGAGCAGAGAUUCAAAUGUAUGAAACAAAUAUGGCUGAAUUACAAGGAUUGAAUCAAGUCUUAAGAGAUGAACAUCAAGCAUUACAAAUUGCUUUCGCAGCUAUCGAAGACAAAUUAAGGAAAUCCCAGGAUGAAAAUCGUUCUCUUGUUGAAAGACUCAUUAAAUACAAAGCUAAAGAUGCGGACAAAAUGAACGAACGAAAUGAACACUUCCUAAAGUCAAGCAACCCUACUGCGUUUUUCAUCAACACGUUUGGUAGAGUUAGUUUCGGGAAAAAAAGUGACAAAGUUCGCAAAGAAUUGGAAGAAGCGGCCAGAGAAGGCGGCAGUAGAAGUAGUGGUGGUUCUGGAGGUAGCACAGAUGAUAAAAUUAUGGAUUCCCUGCCUUACUACGCGACGUCACUACCGACUAAGGUGGCAUUGAGAUUUGACGCGCAUGACGGUGAAGUAAAUGCCGUAAAAUGGAGCCCGACAGACCGGCUUGUAGCGACCGGUGGAGCUGAUAGGAAAGUCAAACUCUGGGACGUUUCCAAACCUGGCCUAAUAGAAAACAAAGGGACGCUCGUGGGGUCCAACGCGGGCGUGAUGUCAGUGGACUUCGACGCCACCGGCGUGUACAUCGUGGGAGCUUCCAACGACUUCGCGAGCCGCGUGUGGACGGUCGGCGACCAGAGACUAAGGCAUACUUUGACCGGUCACAGCGGAAAAGUGAUGGCAGCAAAAUUCCUCGGCGAACCCACUAAAGUAAUCACAGGCAGUCAUGACCGUACUCUCAAAAUUUGGGACCUUAGAAGUAGAAUGUGUACAGAAACAAAGUUCGCAGGAUCAUCUUGUAACGAUCUAGUGACGUCAGACGGUGCCGGUUCUACAAUCAUCUCGGGACACUUCGAUAAACGAAUACGCUUCUGGGACAUACGCACGGAAAUGUCGGCCAAUCACAUCAUGCUCCAGGGCAAGGUCACAUCACUCGAUCUCAGCAGAGAUAGCAAUUACUUAUUGGCGUGUGUUCGAGAUGAUACGAUACAGCUUAUAGAUUUGCGGAUGAACACAAUAGUACGAUCUUUCAGUCACGAGUCCUUUAAGGUGGGUUGCGACUGGUCGAGAGCUGCUUUCGGACCUGUUGGACGACUACUGGCUGUGGGUGCAGCAGAUGGAGCUGCAUAUGUUUGGAACACACAUUCAGGAAGACUGGAAGCGGUGCUGAAGGAUCAUACGUCAGCAGUGACAGCGGUGUCGUGGCAUCCACAAUCUGGUCUACUGGCUUCAGUAGAUCGAGGAAAGCGGGCCGUUAUUUGGGGAGACUUGUGACACGCCUGGGACCAAGUCCCGCUCCAGACAAUGGAAACGAUCAGCAGUCCGAAUCUCGAAGAGUCUGAAGGCGAUGGUGCUGAGGUGUUUGAUUUUUUACGGGGUAUCACCACAGACAUCCUACACAGAUUCGCUUAAACCAUCACAUGGCUCGACAUGAAAACAAACUAGAUUCAAUCGACUUUUUUAAACAUAAUACCUGGAUGUUUAUACAGCUAAUAUUCAAGCGAUAUCGAUCAAGGUAAUUGGAAAAAAUAUUACUCGUAGUAAUACGAAUAUAUAUUUGAUGAUACGAACUGAUUGAUGUGUAACAAAGGAAGAGGUGCUACGUUUAUUAUAAUUCGUUUCUUUUUUAUAAUACUCUUGUAAUGUUGCCAGUUGCGUUGUGUAUAUUGAUAUGAAUAUUUUUAUUAAUUAGAUUAUAUCAAAAUAUUAAAUUUCACAUCAUUCCUUUUGAUGUGCUUGUGAAAUAUUUAUAUUGGAUGAUGAUUUAUGUAUUUAUUACUGCUAGUUUUUAUAACGUUAUUAAAAUAACGUUUUCGGUUAAUUCAAAAUAUUAUUAAGAAACGUGAGAAGCAUAAACCGCAACUAUAGUAGCAAGAACGACUGGUUAGAUCCAAUUUAGACGAUCGUGAUAUGAGCAUUACAAUGCGGCAUCUUCAAAUUUAGAGUACAAUGAGCUAUAAAUUAAUAGGCGCCGUAUGUUGCCGUCGACGUGACAUGAUAUUUGUUUCACUAGGGGUGGAUCACGAGCCACCUGUAUCGAGCGCUCAUUACCACACAAUGAUAGGAGACUUGUAGUCGCUACUAGUUAGUUGCUGGUUGCCAAUCGCUGGUCGCGCAAUUCAGAAUCCCUUUCAAAAUUCGUGUUUAGUUAUUCAGUAACAUAAUUAAUAAAUUGUGUUACUUUUAAUUUGAUAAGCAAUAUUCAUAACUUCUGUAACAAAAGUGAAUUUUAAUACAAAUCAUAAAUUUCUUACUCAAUAUAGACUAUCGAUGAAAUUUUUUAAAACAUACUCGAAGAAGAAUCGACAUAGCACAGUUAAAUUGUAUUAAUUAAUUUAUUUGAAAGUAUUCCAAAGGCUAUAUUAUAUUACCUACACUUGUGUUACUAGUGUAAUUUCAAAAUGCAAUAAAUGUUAUAUAUAUGCGUAUAUGUAUAAAAAUUCUCAAUUUAUUUUAUAUAUUCUCAUCAAGUUUUAUGGCUGAAGCAUCCGGGUAUUCACAUUGUGCGAAACGUUAAGCGAUAUGUCUGAAGGAGAUAAUUGAGUUCAGUGACAUUAAAUAGUCAUUCUAAUAGAAAACAGUCGAUAGUUGUGAGUAAAUGAGCAUCAGAAGUAAGCGUCGGCGCCCGCACCGCGGCGGAGCGCGUCGCGAGCGGCGGCGCGGGCCCACGCCGCGGGCGACACAUCCAUAAUCCCGUGACGCAUGUUUUGACAGUCGUGCUCGCCUACUUUUUGCUGAUGUUUUUACGAGAUUUUUUUACUCGAAGGUCCAACGACCCCACGUUAUUUUUAUAACACUAUUUUCACAUGUAAUUACGCGUAUAACAGGCAGCUUAAUUACCCGAAACUGCUACGACGGAGGUUGGAAUUCGAUCAAAAAACUUAAUCCGUUGCCGCUCAUAUUACGCUUCGUUAACCUUCUUCUUGGUUAACGUCUAGUUUGCAUGGGACAGAAAAAUGGCGCCUCGUCUCUCUACAUAAGAAUUAUUCUUGCCAAAAAAACAUGUCAUAUAUUUAAAGAUAUUAAAUUGCCAGCGUUCGUUAUUAAAAUGUAUAUUUACCUAACGGUGACCACAAUCAUGUUUAAAAUAUCGUUAGCUAUGACGAAAACUAGUCACAUACGGUUUUUUUCUAUAUUUUAAUGAAAUCAUUUUUGACACGUAUUUAUUCGUUUAAAUUUAGAUACUUAGUUACAUUUGGCAACGUUAAGAGUAAAUGAUAAUGUCGACUAUUCAAACAUAUAUUUAUUUAACGUCUUCCUUUUACAAAUAUUUUGUAUGCGAGAUAAAGAUAAAACUGACACUGAACACAACAAUGUAUAACAAAUUUAAAUUGAUUGAUACUCAUAAGAUAGCUCAUCGAAUACAUUUAGUAUAAACAGUCCUUAAAAUAUUAUAUUCAAAAUCUUUUUUUACAUACUUUUCUCUUUUGUAGAUGGCUAAAAUAUUAACAGAUCGUUUGCGUUAUAUUACACAGGAACGCACAUUUUAAAUUAUUAUAUUUGAAACGGUAUAAAUUUCGCAUAAAGUUGUCGAGGGCAAGGUUCGUACUACAGUAACGGUAUAUCGACGCGUGAGUAAAAAUAGAUUUAGCAGGUUAGCUUUUAUCUCGUAUUUUAUUAAUAAUUCAGCGCUUUAUGCUGAAAACAAGUGCCUUUUAUUGGAGUUAUCCGUAUAACGUACUUAUAUUUUUAUCGAAGAAGUUUUUAAGCUGCGUUUCUAUUCACGUUAUAAAUAAUAUAAAGGCCUUUUUGCGAGAAACUUUUUAAUAUCAACAAUAUUUUAGUAUGUCUGCGCUAGUUUUAUGAUAAUUAUAGUUUAUUAUUAACAAAGACUGUCGUCGAUAUAAUAAUCACAUCACAGAUUAUAAAUAUAAUUUAAUUUUUAUAAUAGUUUUACGGAACUUCCUCGAUGGUUUUUUGCUGGUGUAAUUUCCUUUUAAAUUAAUUAAUUAAUUAGUUCCAAUUCCUUUAAAAGAUAAAAAUAAUUCCAAAAUUUUAUAGAGAUACAAUUCAUUAUAUUAUCUAUAUAACUAGUCGUUAAAUAUUAGUUAAUUUAUAUAAAUUCGAGUACAUAUUUAUUUUUAAAUUUAAAAAACAUAAGGCAACAAUGUAGUACAU